AUGUCGAAACAUCACCCAGAUCUUAUCAUGUGCAGGAAGCAACCAGGCAUCGCUAUCGGCCGCGUCUGUGAAAAGUGCGACGGAAAGUGUGUCAUCUGCGACUCAUAUGUUCGUCCAGUAACGUUGGUCAGGAUCUGCGAUGAGUGCAAUUACGGAUCGUUCCAGGGUCGUUGUGUUGUCUGUGGAUCUCCAGGUGUCAGCGAUGCUUACUACUGCGCCAACUGCACACGAGGGGAGAAGGAUAGGGACGGAUGCCCAAAGAUUGUGAACUUGGGAUCAUCAAAGACGGAUCUGUUCUAUGAACGGAAAAAGUUUGGAUUUAAGAAACGCUAG